AUGUCUGCUGUAGAUACCACAACUGGUGCUGCGAGCUCAUCGAAGCCGGACCAGAAUGAGCAGAAUGGUCAGAACGGUGGGCGUGAAGACUCUGGCGGCUUCAAGCUAAAGUUUUGCACCGUCUGCGCCAGUAACCAGAAUCGCUCCAUGGAAGGUCACUUGCGACUCUCUCUUGCAAAUUAUCCCGUGAUUUCGUUUGGUACAGGCUCUCUUGUCCGUCUCCCCGGGCCAUCCAUUACACAGCCCAAUGUCUACAAGUUCAACGAAACAUCAUACGAUAGUAUAUAUCGGGAGUUGGAAGCCAAAGACCCUCGGUUAUAUCGCGCAAACGGACUGCUAAACAUGCUUGGGAGAAACCGCCAAGUCAAGUGGGGCCCUGAGCGAUGGCAGGACUGGCAGAUUGGAAUGCCUAGAACCAAGCACAAGGAUGACAAGGGAGCUGAUGGCAUGGAGGGCGGCGUAGCUGAUGUUGUCAUCACCUGUGAGGAACGCUGUUGGGAUGCUGUGAUUGAAGAUCUUCUCAACCGUGGCUCGCCACUUAACAGGCCUGUUCACGUCAUCAACAUCGAUAUCAAGGAUAACCAUGAAGAGGCAUCCGUUGGAGGGCGAGCCAUUGUCGAUUUGGCAGACUCACUCAACAAGAUUGCUGCCGAGGAGCGGGAGAAGGUUGGCGCUUCUGCCUUUGACUCGGGAAGCGUAGGCGCCAGAUCAGGAUUCGAUGAGCGCGUACCGGACGUCCUGGCCGAGUGGCAGGAGAGAUGGCCGAAUCUUCCUGCGACAUGGACUUUGGCUUGGUUCUAAGCAUUGAGGCGUAUUGUUUGAGCUCGUGCAUCGUAAGGCGUUGGAUGUUCUUUUUAUUGCCUGGCGGGCGUAAUCGCGGUUACGGACAGGAGGGGGGAUACAUCUUUUUGGGUUCAUGAUUGAUGACCAGACAACACAAACGAACAAGACGUUUUGGCCGUCACAACAUAAUGCUGAUUCGGACUCGUAAUCAUUAUCAACAAAACCGUUGUUAUCCG